CGCCAUACAACAAGAAAAAUGUGUAAAAUAUUACUGCAGCUUACUUUGUUAUCAAUCGCCUUGAUUAACUAUGUUAAUGCACAGGCAAAAGUUGUUGGAGGAACACCCGUGCCAAUAAGUCAAGCCCCAUAUGUGGUUAAUAUUAGAGAAACUAAUACUGGUUCUUUGAUAUGUGGUGGCACUUUGAUAACAUCUAAGCUUGUGACUUCAGCAGCAAAUUGCCUUAAAGGUAAAUACACAAUUAAGCAGUUGACUAUCCAAGGAGGCGCUAGCUUUUUCUCAGAGACAGGAUAUCGGCGUACAGUCGAUUUACUAGUUUUUCCAACAGCCUUUGAUACUACAACUUACAAUCAUGAUGUUUGUGUAUUGAGACUAAAAACAGCCAUGCCUAGCUCAUUGACACCAGUUCAAAUCGCUUAUAAUGGUGUUUCACUUGGUGAGUCACUAAAAAUUUAUGGUUGGGGUCUGACUACUGAAGAUGGCACUCCUUCAAAUGUACUACAAACCACUACAAUCACUCCAGUAGCUAAAGCCGAAUGCAGGCUUUCUUAUGAACUUACUGGAACUAUGUUCUGCGCUGCGGCUCCAGGCAAAGAUGCUUGCCGUUUUGACGGUGGCGGUCCUGCUAUAAAUGCAAACAAUAAAAUGGUGGGAAUCGUUUCAUGGGGAUAUGGUUGUGCUCGGGCAGAUUAUCCUGGUGUUUAUACCAGCAUUGCGAAAACAGGUGAUUUCAUUAAAAUGUGUAUCAGUAGAUACGGUUAAUAAGCAAAUUAUUUUUAAAUUAUAAUAAAAAAUAAAAAUAUUAAGUUAAUUUGA